UUUCUGUGAAGUUCCUCUGCUAUCCGGUACUUCAGCGUAAGAUCAGAUGACUCACACAGUUACUUUCAGUUUAGUUAGCUCAGCAGAGUCAAAGCGAAGAGUAUUCAAGACUGCAAAGGCUUGAGGAAUAAGAAGAAGAAGAGCACAUCUGAGAAGAAGGAUUUUGGAUCAAGCACUCCAAUGGCUUCCAUGCUAUCCAUGCAGAUCCAGUGUCCAGUGUGUCUGAACACUUUAAGGGAUCCGGUGUGUCUUCCAUGCGAACACUCCUACUGUCGGGUUUGCCUCACCCGUCACUUGGCCGUGAGUGCUGAUGAAAGCACCUGUCCAGAGUGCCGGACUCCCUUCAGCAGGGCUGAUAUUAGGGUCAACCGAACAUUGAGGAACAUUGUUGAUGCUGCCAGAGUCCAUCUGGAGGAGCACAAAGCCCUCAGAGACAGAGCAAUGACCAUUCUGACCGGACAAACCCAGAACGCCACAGACAAAUGUCCCGACCACAUGGAGACGCUCAGGCUAUACUGUGAGACGGAUCAGAAACCUAUCUGUGUGGUCUGCAGAGAUGACCGAAGACAUCAGGGGCACAGGGUCAAAACCCUGAAAGAUGCGCUCCAGGCCAAAAAGGAGAAGGCAGCUGAGAAGUUGGAAACUUUGUUCACUGAAAACGAGAAGCUGGUUGAGUUGAUUGGCGACCAGGUUGACGAGAUAUUAAAAACAAGGGAGAGGUUGAAGGCGCUGACAGACCAGAUUACCGAGCAGUUUGCACAAAUGUGCCAGUUUCUGAAAGAUAAAGAGGUGGAGAUAAAGGCACUGCUGGAGGAGGAGGAGGAUAAGCUUUUACGGGUUAUGGAGGUAAAUUUGUUUAGGAUGGAGGAAAUGUUGACAGAAGUGAGAGUGAAUCAAGGACUUCUAAUGUCGGCCCUGGAGACGGACCAACCCUCCCAGUUCCUGCAGUGGUGGGCCGAGAGUGGACAGUCUCUUGUUGGGGAAACUGCAGCAGCAGGAAGAAUAUGGUCACCAGCGGAGGAUGUCAGUGUUACGUGUGACUCACUGUUUCUCGGCCCUUAUGAGACUCACCUGCAGUUCUUUGUGUGGAAAGAGAUGCUCACCUCCAUCCAACCAGUGCCUCAUCACCACGCUAUGGAGACCAAAGGCGAUCAAAAUGUGAAAGUUACUCCCAGUGGGCUGAGCGUCCAGUGCAAGAAGGGCUCGGUGAAGAAGAACAAGCACGGCUUACCAUGGCUGAAGACGGAGUCGUCGUUCAGGACGGGGCAGUACUACUGGGAAGUGGAGGUGGGGCAGAAGCUGGACUGGGAGAUCGGGGUCUGUGGCUGUGAAUCAGAUAAAGCCAGCAAAGACACAAUGCUGUGCUUCAACUCGGACUUCAGCUACCACAUCCAGCAGUCCGGACGUUUGGACAAAAGGCCAAUGCGUAUUUUAACGCGCCCUAGAAAGAUAGGCGUGUAUCUGGACUGCGAGAGGAAGCAGGUUUCCUUUUACAACGCUGACAGUAUGACUCUCAUCGAGACAGCAAUGUUGUCGAGGUCAUUUCCCUUUUCUCUCUGCGUCUCUCCCGGGCAGUACCUGAACGGAAAGAACAGCGACCCACUCACAGUUUGUUGGUACUGAGACCAAUACAUCUCGCAGCACUUUAGCUAGAACGCUUAUGAUGGAGCUUAUAGUAAUUUUUAAAUGUAAUCACUGGUUACAUUUUGUGUUGAAAUGUGUUCUGUGUGUCUACACUCUUAAAA